UCAGACGCAGAUAUUAUUUAAUAAGCGUAACCAGCUCGCCUCGUGCUGCCAUAUUUAACUAUAAUGCUUACAUACAGAAAUCAGUGUAUUUAAAGCCGGAUUUCACACAAAAAUAUAACCUUACCUAUUUAUACUCAGGCACUGACUUUACAACCAAACGGGCCCUUCAAAGAAAACACACACACACACACACACACACGAGUUCAGCUCGUGCAGACAUGCUGUAUUUUAACUAGUGCUGUAUUUUAAUUCCGGGGCUGAAUGCUCUCGCUAUUUGUUAUUUAUCACAUCACAGUCAUUAAGAGUCUGAACUGACUGCAGCUGAGAAUCUAGAGAAGAUCUUUUGAAGAUGAAUUUAGAGCUGUGUCCGUUUUGUGGAAAACCAUUCAAAAGGCUAAAAUCUCACCUUCCUCACUGCAAAAUGUCCCCUGGUUCCAAGACCAAAAAAAGCAAUACUGGUCCUGAGGAAUUACUUACAGCUACUUCUAAAGACACAACUCAGAAACAUCAUAAAAAUAAAGCAAGUCUUUUUAGAGAAAACCUGAAGGAAUCUUCCUCCUUAAAACCCCAAGCAAAAUCCAACAUGAAAGCUGAAAAGGUAAGUGUGGAUGAAGACACUCUGGCCAAAGUCCCGUCAGCAGAGAGAAGGGAUACAGAAACUGUGAAACCUAAAAGCAAGUGGCUUGCAAAAAGAGAACAAGAGAUGAUGAAGAGAGCUACACGUUUAACCCAGAAGGAAAACAGAUCUACCUCAGACUCUCAGAAGGAGAAGGAUAACGGCGUAAUAUCAGAAACAUCAAAAGGCCAAGUCAAAGGAGGACUUCAAAUAGAAAGAAAAUGUGCCCAAGGCCAAAACCUGAAGAAACCUAAAGGGACCUUCUUGACCUCACAAGUGACCACCACCAAGUUUGACAUGAGUGUCUCUGAACUGCUGCACGUUCCAGAAACCGCAGACUCCCAGACUGAGCGAAGCAGGCAAAGACAUAAUGCAAACGUCUUUGAUGAGACACAAAAAAGCCCAAAGGCACAGAGCAAGACUCUAGCUUCGGUUCCAAGAGUAAAAGAAGAUUUUAGUUUCUUUCAAACCAAGACCAGUGUGUGGGACCACAUUAAACAUGGACUUUAUGACCGGAGAUUAGACAGUGUACCAGCGUUACAGCCCACUGGGACAACACAAGAAGUUUCUGUGCACAGACAUCCUACAGAGAAAAAACAGACUGCUGUUACAAAGGCGUCCUCCCCAUCCUCAGGGGAUUUGUUUGCUUCAAGCCAAACCUCAGUCCAGAAAAUUCCUGAGGACCUGUUUACUUCAGUGUUAAAAAACAAGCGUCUCAUAGAACCGUCAUCUGAGAGGGUUACAGAUUAUGGUAGACCACCUCAUUCAGGAAUCUCCUCUAAUGACGGUUUAUUGACUAAGCAUCAAUCCUCAAGGCUUCCUCCAGAGAAUCCAGAUCCUGGGGCAGUUCAGAGACUAGGAGAUGUGAGACUUGGUGAGCUUGCUGCCUGGCUUCGCACUCGGACCCCAAAGUCACCAGGAGGGGCAGUGACCAUGUUCCACAGAGGUUGGCAGUGGUAUUACAGGAAGUACAUUGAUGUGCAGAAAGGAGGAAUUGGUGGGAUUUCGAUGCUGAUUGCUGGCUACUGUGUGCUGAGUUACAUUUGGUCUUACCCUCAUCUCAAGAAAGAACGAUGGAGGAAAUAUCAUUAAAACAAAUGAAUGCAGAUAUGAUUUUCAGAGUAUUUCAACAAUCUACUUCAGGGUACUGUUUUUAGAUUUUGAAGAAAUGCAAAAAGUGACAUGUACAAACAGAGUGCAUAUUUAAACGGUCAUUUAUUUAUAAGAAUAAAUGAAUAAGAAUUUUCAUUUUUCAACUAACUUUAAAGUAAGCUUGAAAGUAUUUUACAGUUUAUUAUAUUCUGUAUAACUAACAACUUUAUACUUUGGUUGAAUUCAUGAACUGCAUCUUUAGAGUUUGUAUG